AUGUCGCUUAUAUUCACCAACCGUUUUGUUCCAGCAGAAUACUUGCUCUCGUUGUCUCUGUCUGAUGCUAAGCCAAACUAUUCCGGUAAAGUCAGAGUCAGAUUAUCUUCAAAUGAUAGGUAUUCUACUGAUACAUCACAGGGAAGUACAUUUUCUGUUACUCUGAAUACUGCAGAAGUCAUUUCAAUGUCUUGUGUAUUGAAAAGUGGUGACAGAUCUUGGAAAUUGUCACACUCCCUGAACAAGGAUUCUCAAACUACCGAAUAUUUCAGUCCUGAUGUUCAAUUGGAAAAUCUCAAGGAUACAAAUGAUUUAUACUUGGAGGUUAACUUUUUGGGAGUCAUUAGGAAAAUCAUGACAUAUGAUGAUGUGACUAAAGGUGUUUUUGCAACUAAGUAUAUGGAUCCAGUUUCCGGCAAGUCAGAUCUUUUCUUUUUGUCUACACAUUCCCAACCCCAUUUUGCUCGUUAUAUCUUUCCAUGUUUGGAUGAUAUAAACAGCAAAUGUCCGAUUCAGUUGGAGCUCUCUGUCGAUAAUAAAUUCACCUGUGUUUCUAACUUGCCAAUUGAAUCCUCGGAAUUUAUUUCCAAUACUUCCAAUAAAUUGGUAAAAUUUGUCAGGUCACCGCCAAUGUCAAUGUCCGUCUUCUCCUUUGCGGUAGGUAACUUGGAUUAUCUGGAAAGCGAGGCUGAUAUGCUCAAUGGGAAACUACCGGUUAGGGUGUAUACUAUGGUGGGAGAAUCCGAGAGGGCAAAAUUUGCCUUAUCUACUGUUACGAAUGCAAUUUCCACUAUUGAAAAAAAGUUUGGUAUUGCUUAUCCAUUGCCAAAACUCGACAUAAUUGCAACACCUUUCUUAUCAGAUGGUGGUGUUGAGAAUUGGUCAAUGAUCCAAGUCAUCAAUGAUCAUAUUCUCUUACCUGAUUGGCAGGUGACUGAAUCAUCGUUAGCAAAUACUAAAAAGAUGAUUACAGAUGUUUUGGUGCAUGAACUGAUUCAUAUGUACGUCGGUAAUUAUGUCACAUUUGAUAGCUAUGACCAUACUUGGUUGAAUGAAGCGUUUGCUACUUUUAUGUCUACAUCGAUCAUUAACGAAAUUAUGGAUAACAAUAACUGGUACAACUUUAUCAACAAGGAGCUUUCACCAAUGAAAAAUAACAAUAUGAGAGAUGAAUCAAAGGCCAUUUAUCAAUCAAAUGUGAAAACCUCUUCAAUUAGCGAAACAUUUACUAGAAAUUCAUAUGACAAAGGCAUUUUCGUUAUUAGAACCCUUGCAUCGUUAUUUGUUGAAACCACGGAAGAGUUAGACGAUGAAAACUAUGACGUUUUCUUUGCAAUGGUUGGUGAUUUCAUUAAAUUACAUAAAUUUGGUCAUUUUAAACCAGUUGAUCUAUGGAACUUUAUGAAAAACCAUACCUCAAAUAAAUUCAGUUAUGACAUACCAACAAUUAUGAAUUCCUGGAUUAGGACACCUGGUUUUCCAAUAUUGAAAGUCUCAAAGGAGGGUGAUAAUCUCAAGAUCGAGCAACACCACUACCUGGAGAGUAUCGAUGCUGAAAUUGAAGAUAUUCCAUUUCAUAUUCCAUUGCUCUUCAAGAAAUUGGAUGGUUCCUUGGGUAGACAGCUAAUAAGUGAUAGGUGCAUUACAAUAUCGAAAGAGGAAGAUUCGGAUUUCUUGUUUGUUAAUGCUAAUAAUGCAGUUAUUGCGAAUAUUGUAUAUCCUGAAACUAUGGCAAAGGAAAUCGCAUCAAAUUUUAGUAUCUUAAACCGAACCGAACAAAUGGAGUUUUUCAUGAAUUUUGCUUCUGUAAUUGGCACAGACUAUCAAACCAAUGAAAGCAUUGUAUCUUUUUUCAAGGUCAUUCGAUCGAUUAAGAAAAUCAAACAGGUAAAUCCAGCAGCAAUGACUUUUGCGCUUUCGAUUCUUUCUAAUGUGUACAAAUCAAUUAAUACUUUAGCAUAUUUUGAAGAUGAGUCAUUGUUCAAAAGAAUCAACCAUUAUGUUGAUGAACUAAUCAGCAAGUAUGCAUCACAACUGGAUCUUGAAAACACCAACUGGACUAAGCUAUCCCAUGAUGAAAUUCAACUAAGAAAUGCUGUUCUCUCUUUAAAAUAUGAUAAUUCAUCAAUUCAAUUAGUAGGUAAAAAACUUUACAAGAAAUUAAUGCAUGGUCCCAAGGAAUCAAUACCUUCUGAAAUCGUUAAUUCGGUAUUAGCAAUAGUUGCUCAAUCUUACACUUUAAAAGAGUAUAAAGAAAUUAGUAAGCUAGUUAGGAAUCCUGGUUUGGUUUCGAACAAUAUUAUCGGACAAAAUUCAAAUGAAGUUCAAACUGCAGCUAUUAACGCACUUGGUUGCUCGAAGGACCCCGAAUUGAGAUACAAAACACUAAUGUUUGUGACAACCAACCCUGACGUGAAGUUAAUUGAAUUGGCAUUGUUGGGUCUGAGGUUUCAAAUGUCGGCUUAUGAGCAACUGUGGAAGUGGUAUGUUUCUCAUUACACCACUUGGUACAGUAAAUUUGCUAGAGACAAUAGUUCCUACCAAGGCUUAUUUUUCAAGCAUGUUUCUGAAUUAGCAUUGGAAUGUGCAUACUAUAAUCCUGACUUGAGACCGGAAGUUGAAAGCUUUGUUACCAAUAAGAAUGAAAAUGUCCAAAAGUGGUUUGAAGAAGCUAAAGGCAAAUUCGAAAAUAUCAAAUUUCUAAGCAAAGCAAAUUUUGAUUUGAAACUGUGUAUAUAG